GGUUCAUCUUUGGAAAGCCAGUGGAAGCCCUCUCCUCUCCUUGUGGAUUACUUGGUUCAUAAGACCUUGCCAGUGAGGCUCGGUGUUUACACGACUGUGAUCCAACCUGCCCCAUUUUCUACUUGUAUGUGUUGGUGGAAGUUUGGAGCUCUUUGGAGCUAUUGUUUACGUGGAAAUUUUGAGCCAUUUUGAAUCGCUUAAAGGAGUAGACGCUGCUAGCAAUGAGCUCCCAAAGCCAUCCGGAUGGACUUUCUGGCCGAGACCAGCCAGUGGAGCUGCUGAAUCCUGCCCGAGUGAACCACAUGCCCAGCACGGUGGAUGUGGCUGCAGCGCUGCCUUUGCAAGUGGCCCCUUCGGCAGUGCCCAUGGACCUGCGUCUGGACCACCAGUUCUCGCUGCCUGUGGCGGAGCCCGCCCUUCGAGAGCAGCAGCUGCAGCAGGAGCUGCUGGCACUCAAGCAGAAGCAGCAGAUCCAGAGGCAGAUCCUCAUCGCCGAGUUCCAGAGGCAGCAUGAGCAGCUCUCCCGGCAGCACGAAGCUCAACUUCACGAGCACAUCAAGCAACAGCAGGAGAUGCUGGCUAUGAAGCACCAGCAGGAGCUUUUGGAGCACCAGCGGAAGCUGGAGAGGCACCGCCAGGAGCAGGAACUGGAGAAGCAGCACCGGGAGCAGAAGCUGCAGCAGCUCAAGAACAAGGAGAAGGGCAAAGAGAGUGAGUGUGGGAAG